AUGCCGAUCCAAGUCGCAGUCAAGGUAGGAGAAAUUGGCCGUACAAGUCGAGCGAAUGUGCGUGUUGAAGGCAGCUCCUUCGUCUUCGAAGAGAGGGAGGAGUUCGACCAGCUUGUUUCCAAAGUCGAGGAACUAGCUGUACUAGCACUAGAAGCAUACGAACCCAAAACCGUACGACUGGAUAAGAGCAUUUACCUGAAGCUAGGUCUAAAGGCACCGCAACGCGAGAGCAGAGCGGUAUUUGGCGUGCAACUGCGAGUCGAGUGGAAGAAGCUUCACGCUUGA